CAAAGUGGAGACCAAAGGUUAGAUAAGGCAAUAAAUACGGCUUCUUCACUUCGCUGCCAGAUUUCUGCAUUGUCCUCAGCUCCGGUCACAGCUAUGGAUUUGGGGUUCUCUUUAGCUUCCUAUUUUGUGCUGGUUUUAACUCUUCUCUAUAUCCUGAAUGUCUUCAAAAGUUGGAAUAAAAAUCAUGUCACAAAUUUUCCUCCUGGACCCAGAUGUUUGCCGCUCAUUGGGAAUUUGCACCUUUUGGAUCUAAAGAAGCUUCACGUCACUUUUUUAGAGCUUGCAGAGAAAUACGGCCCAGUGUUUAGUAUCCAGAUGGGUAUGAAAAAAAUGGUGGUCUUAGCCGGAUAUGAGACUGUGAAAGAGGCUCUUGUCAAUCGUGCUGAAGAGUUUGGAGAACGAGGGGUUCUUAGAAUAUUUAAGAACAUAGACAAAGGAAUGGGAAUAGCUUUUUCAAAUGGCAAAAACUGGAAGAUUAUGAGAAGAUUCACAAUAACCACAUUACGGGAUUUUGGAAUGGGAAAAAGUACCAUAGAACAGAAAAUUGCGGAUGAAUGUGCCUACUUGACUACUCAUUUUGCAUCCUUUAAAGGGAAGCCAUUCGACAACUUUAUGAUCCUGAAUGCUGCUGUGGCCAAUAUAAUUGUGGCAAUUUUACUUGGGAAUCGAAUGGACUAUGAUGACCCCCAAUUUAGGAGACUGUUAAGUUUGACAAAUGAGAAUGUUAGACUUUUAGGAUCUCCAAAGGUUUCGCUCUUCAACCUUUUCCCGUUCCUUGGGUUUAUCCCUGGCGGUCAAAAAACAGUAAAGAAAAAUGUUAAGGAAUUAUAUGACUAUAUCCGAAGAACAUUUGUGGAACAUCUAAAGGACUUGGAUGAAAACGAUCAAAGAAGUUUCAUUGACGCGUUCCUUGUGAGACAAAAAGAGGAAACAGGAGACUCCCAGCUGUAUUUCCAUACUGAGAAUCUAACAAAAAUCGUAAGAAACUUGUUUUCAGCAGGAAUGGAGACAACAUCUACUACUCUGCGCUGGGGACUCCUUCUGAUGAUAAAAUAUCCAAAAAUACAAGAAAAAGUCCAAGAAGAGAUUACAAGAGUCAUUGGAUCGGCACAGCCCAUGUACAGCCACCGAGGACAGAUGCCCUGUACAAAUGCAGUAAUACAUGAGAUCCAGAGGUUCUCUGAUAUUAUUCCUCUGAAUCUGGGUCAUGAAACGGCUAAAGAUGUGACCUUUAAAGGAUAUUUUAUUCCAAAAGGAACCUAUAUAAUCCCAUUACUGACCUCAGUAUUGAAAGACAAAACCCAAUUUGAGAAACCUGAAGAGUUCUAUCCACAGCAUUUUCUUGACUCCAAGGGAGAUUUUAUAAAGAAGGAUGCCUUCAUGCCGUUUUCUGCUGGUCGCAGAGUUUGUGCUGGAGAGACACUGGCAAGAAUGGAGCUCUUCAUCUUUUUUACAAGCCUUCUGCAGAAAUUCACCUUCCGCUUCCCCCCAGGGGUCACUGAUGUGGACUUGACUCCUAUUGUUGGAAUAACAAGCACACCACAACCGCAUAUGAUUUGCGCCAUUCAACGUGGAGACCAAAGGUUAGAUAAGACAAUAAAUACGGCUUCUGGCUGCCAGAUUUCUGCAUUGUCCUCAGCUCCGGUCACAGCUAUGGAUUUGGGGUUCUCUUUAGCUUUCUAUUUCGUGCUGGUUUUAACUCUUCUCUAUAUCCUAAAUGUCUUGAAGAGUUGGAAUAAAAAUCAUGUCACAAAUUUUCCUCCUGGACCCAGAUGUUUGCCGCUGAUCGGGGAUUUACAUCUCAUGGAUCUGAAGAAGCUUAAUGUCACCUUUAUGGAGUUUGCAAAGAAGUACGGCCCAGUGUAUAGUGUCCAGAUGGGAAUGAAAAAAAUGGUGGUCCUAGCCGGAUAUGAGACCGUGAAAGAUGCUCUUGUCAAUCAUGCAGAAGACUUUGGAGAAAGGGGAAUACCUAGAAUAUUUAAGGAUAUGGACAAAGGGAUGGGAUUGGUUUCUUCAAAUGGUGAGAAUUGGAAGACUAUGAGAAGAUUCACAAUAACCACAUUACGGGAUUUUGGCAUGGGAAAAAGUACCAUCGAGGAGAAAAUUGUGGAUGAAUGUGCCAACUUAACUACAUAUUUUGCAUCCUAUAAAGGGAAGCCAUUUGACAACUUUUUGAUCUUGAACGCUGCUGUGGCCAAUAUAAUUGUGGCAAUUUUACUUGGGAAUCGAAUGGACUACGAUGAUCCCCAAUUUGAGAGACUGUUAACAUUGAUAAAUGAAAAUAUUAGACUUUUGGGAUCUCCAAUGGUUUCGCUGUAUAACUUCUUCCCCAUCCUCGGGCUAUUUCCUGGUAGUCAUAAAACAAUAAUAAAAAAUGUUACAGAACUAUACGACUUUAUCCGAAGAACAUUUGUAAAACAUCUGAAGAACUUGGAUGAAAAUGAUCAAAGAAGUUUUAUUGAUGUAUUCCUUGUGAGACAAAAAGAGGAAACAGAAAGCUCUAAAAAGUAUUUCAACAAUGAAAACCUAACAGUAGUUGUAAGAAGCCUGUUUUCAGCAGGAAUGGAGACAACAUCUACAACAUUGCGCUGGGGACUUCUUCUGAUGAUAAAAUAUCCAAAAAUACAAGAAAAGGUCCAAGAGGAGAUUUCAAGAGUCGUUGGAUCGGCACAACCCAUGUACAGCCACCGAGGACAGAUGCCCUAUACAAAUGCAGUAAUACAUGAGAUCCAGAGGUUCUCCGAUAUUCUGCCUCUGAAUCUGGGUCAUGAAACGGCUAAAGAUGUGACCUUUAAAGGAUAUUUUAUUCCAAAAGGGACCUAUAUAAUCCCAUUACUGACCUCGGUAUUGAAAGACAAAACACAGUUUGAGAAACCUGGAGAGUUUUAUCCACAGCAUUUUAUCGACUCCAAAGGAAACUUUAUAAAGAAGGAUGCCUUCAUGCCGUUCUCUGCAGGUCGCAGAGCUUGUGCUGGAGAGACACUGGCAAGAAUGCAGCUCUUCAUCUUUUUUACAAGCCUUCUACAAAAAUUCACUUUCCACUUACCCCCAGGGGUCACUGAGGUGGACAUGACGCCUAUUGUUGGAAUUACACAGCCCCCCAAGCCACAUAUGAUUUGUGCCGUGCCACGCUUUUGAAAUAAACCUGUAAUGGACCGUAACACAACUGUGUUUACAAUAUCAACCUGGAGCAAUUAAACUUUUGAAUUUUUUGAAUUUCUAUUAGAAUAGUAGGGGCUGGGACAGUACACUGACCAAUCAUAUCGGCUCAGGAUGAAAAAUAAGCAUAUUGUAAAUGUUGGCGUGAGAUACAUGGAAUUGCGCAUGCACACCUGAUACCCGAGCCAAGCAGAAAUAUGAUGAAGUCCCAUACCAGCCAAUAGAAAACCAACAUCUCUGCAUCCUAGGCAACAGAUACAAACCUCCCCUGUGCCAGCGCAGUGAGCUACUUAUAGCAUUAACCGCCAUCUUAAUGUGGGGAAAACCUCCCUUUGUUCUCCAGCGCUAUCUGGAUAUCACCCCAAGCACUCAUAGAGUUCGUUCUCAGG